ACUGUAUUAGUAUAAAUAUUGUGUAGCACGCGAUUGAAUAUAUUUACCGCAUAAAAAUUGAAAAUAUAUUUUUUUUUCACUGGCAUCAUGGUUAUUACCGAAACUAGUUUUCCCCGUGGUGGUGUCGUACAAAAAAAGCCGAAAGAAACAACAUUGAGCUUUGGUGCGGUAACAAAACCAAAACCACGCAAAGAUAAACCGAAUAAGAAACAACGUGAAGCAGCGCGAUUGGAGAAACAGAAUGAAGUGAAAAAUAAACCAAAAUCCAUCGAAGCAGUUUCCGCUGAAUUACUAUCAUUCAAAACAGUUCGAGAGGGUAUGAUUAUUUUGGGCUGUGUGAAAACCAUAAAUCCAACAUCAAUAGAGGUUGCUCUGCCGGGUCGCAUGAAUGGAACCGUUAAUGUUUCUGCCAUUUCACAAACCUAUUUGGAACUUACUCAAAAAUACAUCGAGAAUGAGGGCGACGAUACCAAGUCCAACAGUGAGGAUGAAUAUAAACCGUUGACCAGUCUUUUCCAAAUUGGUCAGGUUGUUUGUGUGAAAGUGAUGAAAUUAGAUACCAGCAAAACAUUUAAAGUUCAGAUAGAAUUAAGCAUGUUGCCUAAAGACAUUCAAGCUGAUUUUCAACAUCAAACUAUUUCAACAAAUAUGAUGGUAUUUGCAGCAAUAGCUGAGCGUCAAGAACAUGGUUUUGUUUUGGAAACUGGCGUUACAAAUUUACGAGGAUUUUUGCCAGAAACAAAAGGCGAUCUAAUUGUUGGAGGUGUUUAUUUUUGUCGAGUAAAAAAGAUUACCAAUGCACAAACCGCAAGUACGGCAACAUUUGAAUUGGUUGAUUAUUCGAAAAAUUCUGUCGCACAAUUCAAAGAACCAAACGUUAAUCAUAUUCUUCCCGGAAUUCUCGUGAAAUUCAAUGUCACAAAAGUAUUGAAAGAUGGUCUCCAAGGCACAAUAUUUGAAAAUAGUUUAGUGGCGUAUAUCAAUGAGCAUCAAUUGGGUGUUUCGAGUAAGCACAUUCCAAAAGAACCGAAACAUUUUGAAGUCAACUCAAAAUUAACGGCACGAGUUUUAUAUGUUAUGCCAUUAACAAAAAUCGUAUAUUUAUCGUUAAAUCUACAAAGCAAAUUUGAACUCAAUGCCAACGAAAAAAAUAUAUUACCGAUUGGUACAAUCGUUGAAAAGGCGAUAGUUUCACACAUAGGAACCGGCGGAAUUAUUUUGAAAUUACCGAAUGCAAAAGGUAUUAUCAGUCUUCGUUCGCUAAAAGGCGACAUGAAAGCAAAUUUUGACUCAGAAACGCUGUUUUCGAAAUACCAAGCUAAUUCAGAGCACAAAGUACGUGUGAUUCAUUAUGAUCCAAUUGAUUUACUUCAUGUGUGUUCAGUUGAUGCAAAAAUUAUUGGUGAAAAAUACUUCUCAUGUAACGAUGUAAAAACAGGAGAUAUUAUCAAUGCAACUAUACAAAGAAAAUUGGGUGAUGGUCGAUACGCGAUAACAGUGGGUCAAAUCAAAGGCUACAUUCAUCCAUUGUAUUUAUCAAAAUCUACACCAAUGGAAAAACUACAACCGAAUCGUAAAUUGAAGUGUCGAGUGUUGUGUAAAAAUUCGGCGAAGCAAGAAAUUUUCGUAACAAAUCUUAAGGAUUAUAUGGAUGAAAAAGCUUCAAUUAUAACGGCAAAUACAAAUUUAUCGCGAGAUUCGGUAUUUGUUGGAGUAGUGAAACGGUGUAUUUCUGAUGGUUGGCUGAUUGAAUUCUUUGACUAUUUAACCGGAAUGAUUUAUCGAAGCCAGUUGACCGCAAACGAAUUGAGUACGGCAGAGAAGUUUUAUGUUGGACAAAUAAUUAAGGUCAAUAUCAAACACAUACGAAACGAUGAAGACGAUAAAAGGUAUAUCACUCUUGGAUUGGCCGAUUUUCUAACCGACAUUGGAGGUGUUCAUAGCGGUAAAAUUAGCGCAAUUCAACCAACCGGAAUCGAUGUUGCUUUUUUGAAAGAGAACCUUAAUGGAUUCAUACCAAUUAUGUACUUGUCAGAUUUUCCAAGUUUAGUACAUGCAUUGCAUCGUGCCUAUCAAUGUAAUGAUGAUGUUGAAGCCAUCGGUGUUGCACCGAAUUGUUAUUCAAUUCGAGAUGUUAAGGAUAUUUCUGGUGAAUCGAAUGUUGUGAAAAAAUUUUCAGAAAUCAAAAUUGGUGACGUCAUACCAGCCAUGAUUAAAAAUGUUUCAAAUGAAUUGAUCGAUGUACAAUGCUUAAUUAAGGGUCUUCAUUCAAUAAGGGUGUCAAUUCAUUUAAACAUGUUUGUUGAAAACUAUGGAAAAUGCGGCGAUGUUACACUAUUGCCAGAUCAGAAGAUUUAUGUACGAAUUUUGGCAAAAAAUAGUUUACUAAAAACUCUAACAUGCAGUGCUCGAUUGGAUGACGUUUGGCCGGGAAGUUUCAAGCAUACCGUACAAAUGGUUCGACGAUACUUCAAUGACAUUGAGGAGAUAGAUAAACGAAUUAAAUCAAAGGAUCCAAUAAAAUCUUAUCGAAUUGGUCAAAUAGUUGAAGGUGUACCCACUGAGUCUGAUCGAACUGAUGGUAAUAAUUGUCCAUUACGCACAUUUUUGCUAGACGGAAAUGUUAAAGUCUAUGUCACGAAAAGUAAUGAUGCAACAAAAAAGAAGGAUCAGAAACACAAAAUUCUCAUCGUUUGGAUUGAUUAUUCGAAUAAAAUAUUGUAUGGAACUGUACAACCAAAAUAUAUCGAGCGUGCAGAAACUAAGCAAAUGGAAGAAAAUGCAGUGCAACAACUUUUGACACAUCAUGGUUUCAAGGCAAAUGUGCUAUUGAUUUUGGAAGAUAUUAUUAUUGUGUAUCCAACAAAGUGGACAAACCGAUUUGUCUAUAUUCCGAAUCGAGUUCAUUACAAUGACUUUCAGCCAGUAAUUACAAAAGGAAUUAAUGAAGGUUCCCAGGUGAAUGUGUCAGUUAUCGAUGUUAAAGGAGAUCACUUUAUUGGUAUGUUCCAUGGCUUGUAUGAGCUCUACAACAGGAAAAUUGAUCAAAAGUUGGAAUUUAUAAAAUUGGAAGUGAAAGACGAGGAAAAUGAUUCGAAUGCAACCAAAAAGAAGGAAAAGAAAAACCAGAAAAAAUUAGAUAAAGAAGACAUUGGCAAUAUUAUUGUUGAAAUAAAAGAAGAAAGCGAUGCAGACGAUUCAAGCACAACGAUUAUUCAAAGUGGAUCGAAUAAAAAAGGCAAAAAACGAAAGACAGAUAUUUUACAAGUAGACAAGAAUAGCCAGUCAGUUGAGUUGGGGGAGAAAAAUGAUGAUGAAACAGGAACACCAUCAAAAAAGAAGAAAAUAAACAAAUUUGCAGCCACAAAGAUUAUGUCAGUAAGUAAAAAUACUGAUCCAAUUCCAAGCAAGAAAAAGAAACUAGGCCACGAAACUCCGCAAAAAAAAUCAACAAAAAAAGCCGUCUUAAAUUCAACCUUAAAAAAGUCACCAUCUUCAAAAACUCCAUCUGGAAAGCGAUUUUCAAUGAAACUUUCUCAAAUCGAUGGUGCAAUGGAUUUAGCCGAUAGUUCUAGCGAAGAUGACGAGGAAGAUAAGAAGUUGCCUGGUGUUUCAAAUUUUUGGUCAACCGAUUUGAAUGUGAAUGAUGGACAUUCUGAAGAUUCAGAGAGUUCAAGUGAAGAUGAAACCGAUUCACCAAAAAAACGAAAGUUAUCGUCAAAAGAGCGCUUUGCUGCUGCACGUUUGGAAGAGGCUCGUAUACGAGAAAUAGAGAAAAGUUUAGCUGAUGAUUCAAUUUUACCAACAAGCAUCGAUCAAUUCGAUCGACUUGUAAUGGCGGAGCCAAGUAAUAGUCGAGCCUGGAUAAAUUACAUGGUUUUUCAUGUUCAAGCAACUGAAAUUGAUAGAGCCCGUGCUAUUGGGAAAAAAGCUCUAAAAACUAUUGACGUUCGCGAACAACAAGAACGUUUGAAUAUGUGGAUCGCAUUACUCAAUAUGGAACUUCGAUUCGGGAGCAAAGACGCAUUCGACGAAGUUUUAAAAGAAGCACUAUUAGUUAACGAGCCAUUCAAAGUAUAUUCGGUGUGUUUGAAAAUUUUUGCCGAUUGCAAACGAAUCCAAGAGCUCUGUGACAUGGUGCUAACAAUAACAAAAAAAUUUCGCCAAAAUUCUGAUGCCUGGUUGAACGCUGCCCAUGCACUUUUUGAAGUCAAUAUGAAUGAUAAGGCCAAGGCUCUGUUGAAUAGAGCUUCGAAUUCUUUGCCUGAACGAGAUCAUAUAAGUACUAUUAGUCGAUUUGCCAUUAUGUGUAAUAGGUUUGACCAGAAGGACCAUGCACAUGCUUUGUUCGAGCAAAUUUUAGUUUCGUAUCCGAAGCGAGUGGAUUGUUGGUCACAAUAUAUCGAUAUCUUAAUUAAAGCCAACGAUAUCGAUAUUGCAAGACAAACAUUGGAACGAGCUGUAACUCAUAAAAUUCCAAUGAAGAAAAUGCGUACGCUGUUCAAGAAAUAUUUGGAAUUCGAGCAAAAGUACGGCAAUGACGAAACAAUUUCAAAAGUCAAAACAUUGGCUGCCAAUUACGUACACAAUGAAAUCAAUUGUUAAUUAAUUAUUUUUUUCAUCAAAAUGUCAAUUUAUCGACUGAAUAAAGAAAAACUAAACACGAUUUUAUUUCUUAAAAA